AUGCGCGCAAGGAGGAUCGAGCAGGGGUUCGAGCACCCGACGACGCUGUCUGCCUUGAGCAAGCUGGCGCUGCUGCUGGCCAAGGUCGGCAAGCAUCGCGAAGCGGAGCCGAUGAUGCGGCGCUUGCUCGAAUCCUUGGACGGCGCCCUCGGGGCGGACCACGCGCACUCGAUCACGGCGAUGAACAACCUGGCGGUGCUUCUCAAGAAGAUGGGUAAGCUGGAGGAGAGGCCGAGCAGCUCUACCGCAGGUCGCUUGACGCCAGCGAGCGGAGCCUGGGGGCCACGCACCGGGCCACGCUGA